CACAGCCGCUUGAUCCUGGCGCUUGCUGCAAAGGGGAUGAGGAGCUGUACUUUGACUGUGGAGCCAUGCACAGCUCAGCUCAGCUCAGUGAGCCUGAAACGAAAGGCAACUAAAUCAAGCCAAGUAGGUGCCCGAGCUGCAUGCUUCGAGCCUCCCUCUCCUUUUCCUGAAGGACAACUGGAUGCUUCAGUCUCGGAGUUGCACAUAUCUUGAAGCUUUUCUGACUCUGAGGGGACCCAGUUCCACUACUGCCUCAGAAUGUCACCUUCUGCCUGAGCUCCCUGGAAUUUACAAAGACAGCAUGACAGGGGAAUCGAUCUUAUUACCCUUUUAUUUUUGCCUCCGUCCUCGGAUUCAAAUUCACAGAAUGAAUUUGCCUUUGGAGGAGAAAAUCCAAACCGCAUUGGCUGCUUGCUUUUCUUUUUGUCCCGGGGAGUAAAGAACAGUUUUAUUUUAAAACCCUGUGGAAAACUUUAGUGUGUGGGGUUAGGCAGAUUCCUAUGCCAAGGGCUCGGAUGUAGGGAUUCAUGCGUCUUUGGUGUUUUUUUUCUUUUGUUUGAUUUGGGUUUUUUUGUGGGUGAUGUGACUUUUCAGAUCUCCUUCCCCAUCUGCCAGAAAGGUCCAGCUGCCCUCUUGUCUGACCCCUCUCCCCUCCUCCUUCCCUCCCCAACGCCCACCAGGAAAGGCCUUUGGGAGCUCUUGUCUCCCCCCCCCCAUCACCCUCCAAAAAUGGCGGCGCUCGCCAGUUCCCUCAUUCGGCAGAAACGAGAAGUCAAAGAGGCCCAGACCAAUCGGCCCAUCUCCACCAAGAGAAAAGCUUGCACGCGAAGCAACAAGUCGCUGUGCCAGAAACAGAUCCUCAUCCUCAUCUCCAAGGUGCGUUUGUGUGGAGGUCGGCGGGGGCGACUCGAGAAAAGACCAGAGCCCCAGCUGAAAGGCAUUGUCAGUCGCUUGUACUGCAGACACGGCUUCUACCUCCAGUUGCAGCCUGAUGGGACAAUAGACGGUACCAAGGAUGAAGCCAGCUCCUUCUCUCUGUUCAACCUGAUUCCAGUGGGGCUUCGCAUUGUGGCCAUCCAGGGAACAAAAACGGGCUUCUACAUUGGCAUGAACAGUGAAGGCUACCUCUACACCUCAGAGCAGUUCACGCCGGAAUGCAAGUUCAAGGAGUCUGUGUUUGAGAACUACUACGUCACCUACUCCUCCAUAUUGUACAGGCAGAGAGAGUCGGGUCGGUCCUGGUACAUCGGCAUCAACCGUGAUGGUCAGGUCAUGAAGGGCAAUCGGGUCAAAAAGACUAAGGGCGCGGCUCACUUCCUGCCCAAACUAAUCGAAGUGGCCAUGUACCGGGAGCCCUCUCUACAUGAUGUGGCAGAGCAGAGCCCACCACGGAAGACCGCCAAAACGUCAAACUCUCCUGUGCUGCAGAACGGCAGGAAAGACCUGCCCAAAAAAGAAAUGUUGUAGCCCCAAGAGGGGGGCUGGGCAGUCUUCCUGAGGAAGAAGGGCCUAUAACCCAUGCUCGAUUGGGGUAGUGAUCAGAACCACCCAGUCCUAGUCCACUCUCUGCAUUAGGUACAUCGGUGAAAGUCCAAGGAACCUGAAACAGGGAGUGUUGGCCAGGCGCUGACUGAAUGUCUGGGUCAUCAAUAAUGGUGGCUGUUCCAGUGGAGCAGCCCAGUGGACAAUUCCAGCCUUUCUCCAAGCUUUUGAGGAAAAGUCAUUUUGCUAGGACUAAACUAUCCUCACUAACAUCACAGAACAGACACGGCCAAGAGGAAAUCCACCAAAGAUCUUUUAUUUUCCUAACCCGAUUAGGGCCACCCAUGUUAUUCGAUGGUCUUUAAAUGUCUCACGUGCUGCUGUUUUUAAAAGAAAACAACUUCCUUUCAGGGAUGUGGAACGUUUUAUUGCCUGUGGGCCCACAUUCCUGGGGAGACCACAUUCCCGUGGUUCAAUGCAUUAAUAAAAUGGGAUUGUUUUGGAUGCUCCAGAGGAUGACUCAGUGUAAGCGAGUUGGCAUUUUUAAUAUGAAUUUCACUUCCCUCAUUCUUUUUUUUUAAGUUCAAAAGCCCACUCCAGCAUUUUGAGAGGACAGAUUUGUUUAAAUGAAAUACAUUAAAAUGAUCCAAAUUUGAGUUUUCUGAAAACCAGGAAGAAAAUUGUCACACUCACCUGUGGUCACUAAGAUCUUGUGGUAGGCGAAGGAAAACAGGAAUGCCUAAGUAGGUGGCUUUAAGUUCACGGAAGUGCAGUAGGGAACAGACCAGAUAUAAUAAGGAAAGCUGGCUGCAGAUUAAUGGGGAGCAGAGACUAUGAUAUCCUGUAAGACUGUCUUACUCAAAAGAGUACAAUACAUUCAAAUGCAGGUAUUUACACCCGAUUUAAAAAGUGCAACAAUGCUGCAUUUCUCAAUGAAGGUUACCUCUUGAGACCCAUUCCUUAUUAACAAGUGUUUUUGCAAAAUCAUUUCACCAUAACACAGCUAAAGCUGUUGACUUGGAACCACCACUUAACAGCUAUUUAACAUUAACAACAACAAGGAACAUCUGCGAUUACAUAUUUUUAUAUACAGUAUAGGUCAAUAUGCAAUUUUAACUAUGAAGUGGCAAUUCUACAAGGUGAGCCUGCAAAAAGUAGCCCUCUGAGGAAUGAAAGAGCAAUCAUCCACACAUCACUACACAUGUGAAUAAUGGUGUAGGUUUAGUGUAGAAAUUCUUGUUUCAAAUUAAUUUUGAAAGAGUAUCCACAACAGAAUAGCUCUGUAUAGCUGUGGUUCUCACUAUGCACUCCAGUUCUCUCUGUGGUCGACAUUUCUGUUUCUUUAAUUUGAUUGAAAUGGCUACUUUUUCUGACACAGCCUGUGUGAAUUACUGCUACUGCUAACAUCUGUCAUUAUGAUGCAUUUUAUGCCACUUAUGUCCAGUUUUACUUGUUUGCUCCUGUUCUGUGUCACUUCCAUAUAUAUGACUGAUUCUAAAAUGCUUUGUGUUCUACUAUAAAGACAAAAAAUAUUUUUUGUGGAAAAUAGUGGAAUAGUGGAAAAUAUUAUUUGAUUUCACUUGAACUACUACUGUCACAUAACAAUUUUACAUUAUUUUCUGUUUAGAACUGCACUCUUUAAUAAUGUUGAAGAAGUUUGAAAAUACUGCUUCAUUUUUUGGGGGGGGGCAACUCAUAUCUAAGAUAAAUUGUGUUUGAUGGUAAUUUUCCCUUGGAACGGAAGAUUGCUCAUUAUUCUUCAUACUAACAAUAACAUGAGUAGGAGAUUGUUUCUGUGGUAACCAUGUGUCUUUUUCUGAAAGGGAUUUACAGUAAAUACAGAAUCUCAGUGAUCUCAAUCUCUCUGUUCAUCUUAUUGAUUUAGAUUCUCAAGUCUUUCACUUUUAUUCUAAAGCAUAAACCUGUAAAUGGAGAGUUUAGUACUUCUAACUUUAAAGAUAUUUAACUGACCUUCCAACAGGCCUUUCAUGUAUUAACAUGUGGUGAAAAAAAAAAAGAUUUAUCAUGACCACAAAAUUUAUAUUUAAUUAGCUUCUGUUAUUCUUACUUAAUAGCCAAUAAUCCAUACUGCUGCUCCUAAAAGAACAUGGUGUCUUCUAUUUUUGAUCCAGACAAUUUCUUAGUCCUAGGCUAUAUUGAAUUCACUUUUCAGUCUGGGAUAUACACUAUUUUCAAACUGGGUUUUUAAAAAAUUGAAAGCAACUUGUAGUUGGUAUCAACACUGUAACCAAUUUAGGGGUUUCUAAAUUGCCCAUGUUCUGAUGAGUUAAUUAAAUUUAAACCAAUCGGAUAUUAAGGAAAAUAAAAAGGCCCUUAUUGUGGGAGUAUUACAUGUCUUGUCAUUCUGCUUAGUAAAUUUAAUAUAGGUUGGUUAACUAUUAAGAUCUUGUUGAGACAGAAAUAAGGGUAUGAACUCUGAGAUUGCCUAAAAUGUUGCAUGUUGAUUAAAAAUACACUUGAAAUUGACAGAAAAGUCGAACAAAAUCCAACAAACGUGCGAGUUACACAGAACCAGCGCUGGAGAUAGUGCACUGAGCUUUCGUGAAACAGAGAGGCCACUCCUGUUCCAAGAUUGAUGUUCUGUUAAUUAUUUUUGUAAGCUAAGUACGUGUUUUUAUUAAAGGUUAGAACUCUCCAAUAUAUCCCACUUCAGCUUUUAUCUAUCUUAAUUGUAUUACUGGAAUGAGCUGGCUACUGUAAGAAGACUAUAUAAGCAACUUCAAGAAUACUGCUAACUACUCCUGGUUGAGGUGGGAUUCUUUGUUCAAGAAAGCAAAAUGUUAGCUAACCUCAUGUUUAGAGUCUCAGAUUUGGAGUUAAAAUAUAUGUUUUGUUUUUGGUUACAUUGCACUGUAUGUUCUUCUUUAAUGCUUUCAGAAUCACUUUCAUCAGGAACAUCUCAGCUACUAAGCAAGAUUAACUUUGAACUCCCAAUUUCUAAUGACUUGCCAUAGGCUUGGCCCAGUGUGAUCUGGCAGGAUCUGACUAUUGAAGAUAAAACCGACCAGAGAUAGUUCAUGCACUCUACAAUACUAGAUGUCCUGCAGAAAGGAAAUGUGGGAAUUGGAACUUAGUCUUAUUUUUCAUUCUGUAAUUACACUGUGAAUGUGGAAGUCUUGAAACUGUGAAAACUAAAAUAACACAUAAAGUGCAAGAGGUGAAAGUGGCAUGUCAUGAAAUACAUACUGUCCAUAAUGCAUGUGGAGGCUCUUUGCAUUUAUACUGAAUUUAAAAUAAGUCUUGGAUUAUUUUGCCUAGUUUUGUCAUUCUGUUUCUAUCAUUUUUCAUGUUACAGACAUAUCAUAUAUUGAAGGAUAAUCCUAGGAAAAUACUUUAUAUUAACAAAGGAGCCCAAAGCUUUUGUUAGGAACAGUAGCUGGUUAGACAGCAGGAUGACUACAUCUCUUUCAUUAGCAAUUUCUGUGCCAUCUUAGGAAUUUAGUACCAAUCUUCUUAAUGUUUCAGUUUGCAUCUGGGUCUAAAGUCUGGACUGAUCUGAUCAUGACCACGUCUCCCUCACAUGCAUGGACUCCACCACACCUUUGUACUCAGGUGUGUCCUAGUUGAGUAAAAUUAGAAAUCUAUCUGCUUUUCCUCUUCAUGUCCUUUCAAGACUCCAUCAAGGGGUCCUCUUCAUCAAAGCAAAGUGAGUUAUGGGAAUGAAACCUAAGGGCUAUCAUUAUAAGGGCAGCAUAUAUACUGUAUAUGCAUGUGUAACAGUGGGUUCUUUUUGUGUUUUGUGAAAAAAAUGUGGUAGCUUGUUGUUUGAGUGCAUAUUUGAUUCCUUCCAGGCCAAAGUACCAGUUAAAGCCAUUAGUCAGGUUUUGAAGCCAUUGAAUAUUAAACAGGCACAACUCAGAAGACUGAACAAUAGGAAUGUGUCCUGUUUGUGGAAAGCUAGGAACAUUCCCUUUGGUGCUUAGUAAAUUGGAACUUCAGAUGAAAAGAUUUUUUUCCAGCACUGCUGACAGUAAUGGCUUCACCUCUGUAUCCUUUUCUUGUAAAUUUAGUUGAAGAGUCUGUUUUGAAUUAAUGGCUAUCUAUGUGUCAGGCGACACACAGUAAAUGAGGUAUUCCGUUAUACCUUUAUAUGUCCAAAGGGAAUGUGUAUAUUUUAGAUGUAAAGUGGCCUUGCGGGCAUUGUGACACAUUCAGGUGCUUUGGAAUAACAAAAGCAAAAGUCAAUUAUUAGUUCUUUCUUGGUUUACUUUUUCAGGACUUCCAGAGCUCUGCUUGGUAACUGUAACUCUAAACAGCAUUGAAGAUCAGCUUGUUCAAGGGUUGAGUUAGUGUAGUGGUUUCAAAGCUGGCAGGCUUCACUCAGCCUGUUACAUUUUGUUUCUUGUUUCAGUAAAAACGCGUGGAGGACACCUGAGGAGUCGCACACUGCAGGGUCGCAUGGACACUCAGAUAAGAAGCGUUGGGACGGGUUGUGACAGCCUUGAAAAGGCCCUGCCAUUUCUUUAGAUAGUGCUAAUAAAGGUUGAAAAUGUAAUGCCAGUUCUUAUUUCAAGAAGGAAAAACAAGAAGCUUCAACUGCGCAUGAUGUUCUAGAAACACUGAAAAUUAUGCUUCAACAAUAAUAAUUAUACAGUAGAAAAAAUGUAAAUUGAACUUUUUAUUGUUGAAGGCACACAUUUCCAUAGGAUGAGUUUUGUGUUUGACCUCUAGAAGGAACUGUGUUAUAAUUUCGUGUGUACCAUACACUUUGAUUAUUAUAGCAGGAAAUCUAUUAACCAAUUUUAUAAAGAUUGAGGCUAUAGAUCUUGAAUCAGAUACAUGUCAGAAUGAUAGGAUGCAGAAAACCAACAUUAUGGCACAUGCAGAAACAUCUGGAUUCCCAUCACAUUAGAAAUUGCUCAAAGGCCUCACUGACCUACAGUAACAGUUUUAAGUAGACAAUCAUGUUUAGAGUUACAUUCACCAUUACUGUUUCAAGUUCUAAAAAUCCUUGUAAAAAUAAGAGCUUGAAGUUUUGCUAGUUUUAUUAGUGUAAUGUGAUCCUCUUAAAUCCCAGAUUUUCUGUCUUACAGUAGCAGUAUUUUAUUUUCUUAGGUAUGCACAAAGUCCCAGGAGAGUGUCUGUCCAUACUCAAAGUGCAGACUUCUCUGCCACCUCUCAAGUCAAACCAUGCCCCAGGACAUCCACACCACCGUUUAUGAGACUGUCUCUUGAUUGUUAGCGUUCAGCUAAAGUGCAGAUGUUUUGAAGUGUUAGAUGGGUUUGCAGUGUUCUGAUGAAUGUCAUGGUGGAGCUGCAGGUGGUUUAUUGUGUGCUCUAGAAGUCAUGUGAAGAAGAUUGACUGUGGUGCACUUUGAGCACUGGCCCCAAGAUAACUGGGCUCACAUCCGUCACCGGUGAAUUUUCCCCGGAAAUUAACCUCUGUAGCUGGUGAAGGCUUGGUCAGAUAAUUAUCCAUGUUCUUCCCUUCUGUUGCAGAGUUAUGACUACCAUUUGAUCUUCUGUCAUACUUUCCAAAUGAAUGAUGAGAAAAAAUUGCAUUUCGGGAAUUUCUAUUAGGUCCAUACUAUAUGUGGAUGAUUCAUAUUUGAACCUCUGAGUGCCCAAUCUGCCCAAAUGGACGUUAGCCUCAUUAUUUUAAUAUGCCAGUGACAAGGUGCAUCAAACCCCUUAACUUUUUCUCGGGAGUACUUUUUGAUUUCAAGUGUGUUCCAGAAUGCAGAAGAACAGCCAUCCAUUUUCUAAGCGGUUUAUCCAAUAAAAAGGAAGGACACACACAGACACAAACACACACUCACGUCAGGGCCAAUGUUCCCAAAAGCAAGUUAGCCUCCCAGUGCGUAGGUUAAUUACAUAGAGAAUUCACAUUGAGAGCACCCCAGGUUCCUAUUUGAUAUAUUUUAAAAUAAGAAAAAAUAAUAAUUUGGGGCAACUCAGUAAUUUAAAGAACUGAAUUUGACCUGGAGACUUAAAGAGAUUCUGUUAAAUGAACUGAUUAUAUAUAUACACCCAUAUCGUUUAGAUAUAGAAUAUGUCCACAAAACACCAAAGAAAGAUUACUCUUACACAACACAGUCCUCUCUUGGGAAUCUGUAUUUUCUGCAAUGUCUACAAAGAAAGCAUGAUUACACCAAUAGCUAAUUUGACUGUUUUAUAUAAGUGUUACUAAUGACAAAACUCCAUUGAAAUACAGUAGUUUCAAUAAAUGCUGCUUAUAAGGUCUGGGUAUGGUCUUAUAUAGAUUAACAUACAGUACAUAUUUAGAUAAUGGAAAUCCACAUACAUGUACAUACAGUAUCUGGCUUACUAUUAAAUAAUAACUCUAGGUUCUGAAAAGUGAUGCUGACAAUAUAAUAUAACUGCAGUCAACUUCUGCUGAAGGCUUAAGGCAGUUAUAAUAUUUUAGAUGCCAGGAAGGAAUGAAAAGGGAAAUCACAGCAGUUACAGUCCAUACUGUUUAAUUUCCUCCAGCUACUGUAUAUGUUACUGGUUUAACCUGACAUGUCCAUAGUUCCAAAUAAACAAGUGGGACCUAAAAUAUCACAGCACCAAACAAUUUAGAUUAUGUUUGCACCCUGUUCAAAGCUUAUCAUGUGCCAGCAAUGCAUUAAGAUUUCACUAUAUAUAUAUGAAAAUGUCAGCACUCACUUUAUAUUGUUUUUACUAAUAUAACAUAAUGUAUCUGACAUCCACAAUAAAAGUUUUCCCUUCCUGAUUUAACUAUUUAAGUUAUUUGAGGUAAUUUUAGGAUUUUAGAGGCAAAUUUAGAAACCAUGUAAUGCAGAAAAAAGUUAUUUUGUAUCUUACUGACAAAAAGUAUAAAUACAUGAACUCCCCUCCCCACAGAGAGACAUUCCCACCUCCCAAAACUAGGAAUGCAAUUAAAUAUUGUCAUUGCUGGAGGAAAUAGCAGGAUAUUUGUUUUGUUUUGGUAAUCUUCUGUGCUUCUAAAAAAAACUAAACACGAGCAAGGCUAGCAAUAAUUUAAAUAAGUUCAUUUUUUGUUUACAGUAUGUAUUUAACAAUAGCUCAAUUACAAUGAGCAACAGAGGAGGCCUUGAAGCUGUAUGUUUAUGUAGAAAUAGCACAGAACCUAUGUUCUUCAACGAAACAAACCUCCCUGCCUGUACUUCAGUAUGAGGGUCUUGAAUAUGUUUUUAAAGACCUCUCAUGCUCGUUCAGGUGACACUGUGCCAGAAGGGGUUGCGAGAUGGAUGAGAGACACAGAAAACUCAGAUGGCCUUUACCUACCCAUUAUUUCUACCAAGUAAAAGCCUGCUUUAAAAUGUUUGGAACAGCUGUUGAGUGAUUUUGGAUGUCUUGUUGAGCAGUAAAAGCUGCAAGAAAAGUGCUACUUUCAGCUUUUAAGGCUGUAUCGGUUUGGCAGUGCAGUAAGACAUUCUGAGGUUCAAGCAAAGAUCGUAGGCCACGAAAAUCAAUUCAAUGUGGUGGCAAUUAAUGGAGAAACGAAUUGAAUUCAAAAUCAUUUCAUUUGGGUUCUAAUACUAGUGCUAUUUUUCCCCAGUGGAUACUUUGUAGGAUUGUAGGACACAGUGAAGAAGACCUGCAAGUCAUGCCUUGAAAGUUCAGCAUUCAAUUAUUGUUUAUGGGAUGAGAAAACUUCUGUAGGACGAACUUGGAUGUAAGUCUGAGCUCACAUAUACUCAAUUGCCUGAGUGAUGAGAUAAUCUAUAUAUUGUAUCUUCUAUAUAAAUAUAAUUUGAUAUUUUCCUACAGUUGCAGAGGUGCACACAUUUUAAAUCAAUAACAAGAUUGUUGUUACAGUACAUCCUGCAUUGGUGUAACCAAAUAGCUGAUCACAUCCUAACUACUGAUCAGUUAUAAAUAGCAGGCACCUGGGACUGACCAGACUAGACAGGCAUGCAGUCCCUAAUAUACACAAAAGAUUUUGAGGAUCAUUCGGUUGAAAGUACUGUAACUGAUAUUGGGUGGUUUGUUUGUUUGUUUGUUUUGAUUUUGAGCAUGAACAGGAACUAUCUGCAAUCGCCUCUUUGUACCUUAAUCACCAGAAUGGCUUUGACUGCAGUGAGGACGUCAUGAUUACCAGCAAACAGGAAUAAUCGGGGUUCAGUUUUUCUCUGGAUUCCACAACCCCAGAACUUCCAGCCAGCCAGCCCCUACUAACUCCCACAGUCAGAAUCGACUAUGCUGCACUCAUCAAUCCAGGUUACUGCUAUCAAGUCUUCCAAACUCUGAGGUCUUCCAAACAGUAUACCAGUCUCCUAUUGGAGGCACAAACUAAGGGACAGGAGCUCUCCGAACGCGUGUGUGUAAAGGAUGUUCUCUGUUUUGACUUGAAUGCAGAUCAUUCUGCAAAACCACACAGAGGCUGACAGAUUUGUCAUAUUGACUUAAUGACUAUCCUAUGAACAUAGAACAUUUUUUUCAGAGGAAUAAAAGAAUGAACAAAAAAAUCUAUAUGAUCUUGAGAUGCAUGCAUGCACUGACAUUACAGAAAACAAGAGAAACCAGUCCAAGGUAAUGAUUAAACCCAAACUCCUUCCCCUGACUGCAUUUGAUCUCUGAUCUGUAUUUAUUUCUAAAUAAUGUUACACAAAUCAAUGCGAUGUAAUAUUGGAUAUUAUUGAAUAAAAAUA